AAUAAUAAUAAAAUAAUUUGUUGAAUGAGUCGACAAUAACGACAUCUAUUUGUUUGAUAUUUGAAAACAAUAUUAGAUUAAAGUUAAGAAAACAAAACAUAAAAUGAGUGCAAAAGUUAUUAAAAGCAACAAAAGUGUUGAGUUUGUGAUCAAAGAGAUAAUGUCGACAACGGAUGACAAGAAAAGAGAGAAAUUCAUUGUCGACAACAAACAGACAAUCGCACCGAUGGUCAAACUGUUUGCCCAAACGGUUACUUCGGGCGGCGGCGACCAUCCGACGGCUCAGUUGGCACUCAAUUGUAUUCUUGUGGUGAGCUGUGCGGCCACUGAGUGCCGAUUGGAACCGAUUCUGUGCGAAGCCAUCAUCAAUGAGACCACUUUUAUACUGCAUAUGAUUAGUGAUAUAAUUUGUGGUCACUAUAAUGACCACUAUUUCGGUAUAUUAGUUAAUCUGACCCGUUAUGACUCAACUGUUCAACAAAUUUACAAAUUAUGUCCGAAAGACUUUCUGAAUAAAUUGUUUACAAUAUUAUUAACUAAUAGUUUAGUGUCGGCUCUCAUCACAAAUCUGAGCCAAAUUGAAGACGUGAGACAAACGAUAGUUUCAGAUCCAUCACUAAUGAGUCAAUUAUUUGAUGUCUUCGACAAAAGUGAUUCAAUUAAUGUCAAGAAUGCCAUCACUUGUAUUGUUAGGAACUGUUGUUUUGACAAUGAUUUGCACCAAAUAUUGUUAAAACCACAAAACGAUCUCUUAGUGAAACUGGUUUUACCGAUUGCCGGACCCGAAGAGUUGUCCGAAGAAGAUAACAACAAACUGCCAAUUGAUUUACAAUAUUUAGGUUCAGAUAAAUGUCGAGAAAAAGAUCCAGAAAUCCGGAAACUAUUGAUGGAAGCAAUGCUUAUGUUAUGCAGUACUCGAUUUGGUCGACAAGUGAUCCGCGAAUCCAAUGUUUAUUUAAUUCUUCGAGAAUAUCAUAAAUGGGAAAAAGUAAGAGAAGUUCAGAAAGCUAUCGAAGAUGUCGUCGAUAUUAUUAUUAAAACUGAAGAAGAGAUCGAUACGGAUGAUCUUAAAGCUAUUGACAUUCCCGAUGAUCUGAUCCAGAGAUUCAAUCAAAUGGACAAAGAGCUGAUCAAAGAAGAUGACGACAAAGACAAUGAUUAAUACAUAAUAUAAACGACUUAUCAAUUAAUUUAAUUGUUGGGACAAAAAUAAAUAUCAAAUUCCUAGUGUAUGUUAUUUACUGUUUAAUUAUCGUAAUAUUAAAAAGUUUUUAUAAGCUUAUCGUAUGUUUGAUAUUCAAACUUUGAUUACCACAUGAUUCCUAAUAUUAUCAAAACAAUGGAUGAAUGAAUUAUAUAUU